AUGGUCGUAGAGUUCAUGUUGAGUCGUGUGGUUGCAGAAUAUCUUUGCAUGAAUCCCAGUGUUCGCCUCCAGUGUUUCGGUUUCUGUAUGCGUUCGGAAUUUGGCCUGCUCGACAAACUCCGCAGCAACCCCGUCCCGCCACCUGCCCCGGCCGGCUGGGACGGCGAAAAGGUGGUCUACCCAAACUGGCCUUCCAACAAGACCGUUCAGUCCAGAUCUGUUAAACCUGGAAACUGCACGGAGCGCGAAAUUCCGCUACAUGAGCGACACGGGACGCGCGGAACAAUCCAGAUCACGGGGAUUAUUACCAUUUCCGUAUCUAAGGGCUUCACGGUCGGCAACAGCGUUACCUUCGGUGCCAGGGGAGAGUUGAGCCCGGUACCAACAAUCUUCACAAUCGGCGGGAAUGCUGAAAAGCAAAGGCAAUGGUCGACUGUAGAUACUACUGCCUUUAUUGGUCCUGUACCAGCGAACAAGUACGGCGCCUUCGUCACCAACGCGUGGACGAAUCGAAAGACCGGGCACGUAUUUACGAGUGUCAUUGGCGGUGGUGGUACCUGGGGACCUUAUAUGAUUGACACGCUCGACGAGAAGCAAUAUGGUGAUAUGACAUGGGUUGACGGCCUCAUUUCUAUAUGCGCCAGGACCAAAAUUCCUCCAAAAAGGUGCCUUGGUGGUGAUUUCCUCUAG